UCAGGUAUUUUCGCAAUGUGGAACAAAGAUUACAAUUCAGUGACUGUAGCUGUCCAAACAGAGAAACCUUGCUCUAUUGUACAAAUAUGUUGAAGUUGUGUGCCAGAGGCUGAGUAAAUACGCUCAAAGUUGAGAAGUUCUGCUUCUUUGCCUUUUGAAGAACUCACCUCCACCAUAAAAACAAGGAAGGAAACAGGCCAAACUAGAAAAACCAGCUUAGUUGCUGUACUGAUCAUUACACAAGCAAGAGUCAGCAGCUUUUAGGGCACUAACACAACUGCUGUGUGCUUCGGACUUGUGUCCUUAAAACUGUCCAUAUCAGUCGCUUAUCGCCACCUGCCUUCUCGUAAUUAGUACCUUGGCUGUAGGAAGAGCGCAGGUUUGUGCUUUCUGUGUACUUCAACUUGUUGAAUAGCAGCACCCUGCCCUCUGCGAAAAGUGCGCAGCGUUCAAGGUUCAGGAAGAUAAGGAGAGGUGAAUGGCUGACGCGUAGCUCGUGUUAUGUUACCAAAGGCUCGUAUCAGAUUACUGUUCACAGCAGAUUGGCUGAAACCAGAGCUGUAUUCAGAGUGCUGCGGCUCCAACAACCAGGAACUGGGACUGAAAAAGGUGUGUUGAAGACGCUAAAGAGACCUGUGGAGUGCGACUUGUUGUUUUGAAUUUGAAGAACGUUACUAUGGGUGAGAAGACACAACGCCGCCUGUUGCUUUUUCUGUGCUUGUCUGGACUCAUUCACUGUUCGGCCGCACUUGUGUUUUGGACUGCAGUGGUGAAAAUUAACUAUUUCAUCAACCCAAACAACACAGUGACCCAACACUGUGAGUGUGGGAUGUUUGGUCGCAACUCUCCGCUUGCACAAGCCGCAGGUGUGGUUGUUCUUCCCGAGGGAGACCCCAGAGGCUGUGACCCUGUGUACAAUGUCAGUGAAUCACCCUGGAUAGCGCUUGUUAAAAGGGAGAACUGUUCUUUCAGCAAGAAGAUCAAUGCUGCGAAACGUCAUGGUGCAUCUGCUGUGGUGGUGUACAAUGUGGACAACAGUGGCAACAGCACCGCCUGCAUGUCCCACCCUGACGCUCGGGGAAUUGUGUCCAUCAUGAUCGGCAAUAGUCAAGGCAUGGAUAUUGUCAACUUGGUGAAGAACGGAGCAGAAGUGCGGAUGAUCAUCACCCCGGGCAACGCUCAUGGCCCCUGGAUGGACACCUACUGGCUGUACUUCAUGUCCAUUGCCUUCUUCAUUGUCACAGCGGCCUCUGUGGCCUACUUUUUAUUUAUCUCCGCUAACCGUCUCCACAACCUGCACAUGCACCGGCGUUCUGAGAGAAAGCUGAAAUGUGAGGCCAAGAAGGCCAUCGGGCGUCUGCAGGUGCGUACGCUGAAGAGAGAUGACAAGGAGACAACUUGUGACUCUUACAUGUGCGCCGUGUGCAUUGAGUCGUACAAGGCGAGCGAGGUGGUGACAGUGCUCACAUGCGACCACAUUUUCCACAAAGCCUGCAUUGAGCCCUGGCUUCUGGAGAAAAGGACAUGCCCCAUGUGCAAGUGUGACAUCCUCAAGGCCCUGGGAGUUGAUUCGGAGGAGAAAGAGAGCAUGGCCCAAGCUUCGCCACAAGAGGUCACCGUCAUCACAGUGGCAGGAGGAGAAGCCAUGUAUGAGGUCCCACUGACUGACCCACUGAGCGCUGAGCGGGAGAGACAGCAGCAUCACUAUGACAAUAGGGCCUUUGAGGAGGAGCCUGCCAGAGGACAGUGACACGACAGCAAUUCAGUGAAAUCAGCAGGUUAAAAUCAUAAUACUUUUCUUGGAUGCAAUAAAUGCACACUUUGGAGUCUCCCUCACAGGGCGUCUUCAAAUCGAUUGCACAAAUCAUAAUGGCACUGCACCUUGUGUAAUUAGAUGGGAUGCCAAUUCUGGGUGUGUUCAUCAAGUUAUUUUUUUAUUUCGGUGAGUCAGUCAAGAUGAGUUGAGGCGAGUGCAGGUUCCAUUCUGCUUUGCUGACAGAGUCAUCACUGUUUAGAGCAGGAAGAGCAACAGAACAUUUUGUUUAUCUGUUCUAGUCAAAUUCUAUUCUUCCAAAUGCUGCGUUUCAAGAGCAAAGCUAAUUUCUUCAUAGUACACACAAGUAAUCAUUUCUUGUUUAACAAAAUGACGUCAGUGUCAAACCACACACCAGGUCGUCUAGCUGGAUUUUCAAAUACAGCCUGAUAAACACACCCUUGGUUGGAAAUUCAGCAUGUGACGAGUGAAGAACAACCUCGUACAUGCUCUUAUCAAGUAAGCUACUUCCUUGUUGAUUCUGGUGAGAACUGGAAAGUCCCACAAUAAAAAGAAGAGGCAAUAAAGUGGAGAUUUUUGAUACUGGUGAUUGUAUAUUUGUGUAAAAGAGGGAGAAUGAUCUUCAAGUGUACCGCUUCUAAAAGUACAUCUACAUAUUGUGAUUGCGUUAUAAUAGUGUAUGUUGUGUAUGAUGUGUGUGCAAGAGCAGGUUAAAGUAAACUAAUUUAAUCUUUGUGAGCGUUUACCGCCAAAUUCUUAUAUGGCUAUAUUUUUCUACAAGUACAACAUUUUUACAUUACCCCAGAUAAAGUGACUCCCUCAUAUAGUCCAAAGAAAGGUUUAUCUAAGUUUGAUAGUGGGAUGUAAUAUAUUUUUCUAUGCUGAAUCAUUGUCACUGUGUUGCAGAUGUUUGGAGUUAGAAAUCAUUCUGUAACAAUGACUAUUGUUUGUUGUAUGAAAUCACAUUGAUAUCAGAAUGCAAUAAAUCCCUCAAAAUGAGGCAGAUGAA